ACACGCCGCGCGGGCACGGCUCGAUGGCGCGGUGGGCUCGGCCCGGCACAGGCCCGAGGAGGCGGCCUCGGGAGUCCGCGGGCCCGGCGGGGCCUGGCGGGGUGCGGGCCCGCGGGCCCUCACAAAGGAGCUGCGGGGCUCAAACACGCCUCAGGCACGCCUCCGCCGUCCCGCCGACACGGGGCGAGCCCCGGGGAAGGUCAGCGGUGGAAGGGGGCUGGCAGGGCCGCGACACAAUAAAUAAUCGCUAUUUUUAAACUUAGGGAGCGCCUUGGCUCCCGCCGCGGCCUUCCCGCCUUUGGCCGCUCGGCUGUGCGGUUGUCUGGGGUUUUGCCGGCCCUAACUCGCUUCCUCAGGCGCGACAAGUGCCGCCGCUCGAGGGGAAGCUCACUCUGGCUCCGGUGCGCUCCGCUUCCUAAAAGAGGUCCCUAAUCGCUAUCAGCGCGAUGGAUACAGACCUGCGUGUGAGGCUCCCGGCUCCGCCGAGUGCCUCCCUGCCCAGGUGCUCGCAGCCUGCUUAAGGAAUGCUAAUCACCCUCCUCCCCGCCGUGCACAGGUUCUCUGUGGAGAAGGCUGUUAAAUUCCACUCUGGAGCGGGGCUCUUCCAGGCAGCCUUCCGUUCCUGUAUCCUUCUCCUUCUUGCCGCUCUAGGCGGUAGGGUGUUUUUGUGUAAAACAUCGCAAAGAUUUAAGGAGUGAAGGACAGAUUCUGCGGGGGCUCUUGCCAGGUCAGGGGGCCCCAUCGCCUUACCUGCUCCACCUGAGGACAGCUCCAGACUGGGAACACUGUUCAGAACAAAUCCUUACUACGUGUAUUUUAACUGUUUUCCCACUAACCAGUGUCUGCAGAACACUGGGGAACUGCCCAGCCUGUGCCGCAGAAAGAAAGUUGGAUUAUGUGAGAUCGUGGGUGUGUUCGCUCCUUUAUGCAGUGUAGCAGGGACUGAUCGCUUGGAUAGUUUGUUUAUAGCUGUGGUAUUUCUCAGAUACUCGGAUAUUUCUCACUUCUUAGGAGCCCUAAUUUAUCUCUGGGUUAGCAAGUGUGUCACUUCCCCAUUCUUAACUAACUGUUGAGUGUUGCACUCUGAUUUCCCAGCACGUGACUUUUGUUUGCUUUGACCAUAAAUAGUAUUUUUAGCAUCUUCAAGAAAGAGUUGGCCAGCAGUGUUUGGCAGGCAGCUCCCAUGAGGCAGGAAAGGUUGGGAAGUGCUUGUGUUUGUAAACAGCGUCCCUUCUCCAGAGCAGUGAGAGGAGAGGGACCUGAGUUCAGGAGGGGAGGUGUUUGAUGGACUGGGCAAGAGACCACAGACCUUCUUCAGGUUGACUCCUCACUGCACUGUGAAAACCAUUAGGAAAAAGUCCUUGGGGUUAAAACCUGGGGCUCCACAGUUACCUGCACUUGGGUCUAGAAAUUAAUUUAAAUGUCGACUGAUCUGUCUGAAGCUGAACCCGUGCAUCAUAAGGCGCUUCCACUCUUAACGGGAGCUCAGCUGAUCCACACGGACAAGUUAAGUGAGAAAGUGGAAGACGACACGAUGCCAAUCCGCCGCUCGGUGAACGCUUCUUCCCGAGAAACUCCUCCCAAAAGCAAACCUGCCGAAGGGGAAGAGGUCAAAGCAGAUGCAGAAGUCACCUCUGAGGAAUCUGCCUCUGUUGGAGAGGAGCAAGAGACUGAAACCGUGCCUGCUGCAUCCAGUGAAGCAGAACAGCCAAAGGAACCUGAGAAUGAAGGGAAGGAGGAAACAAAGUCCUCAGAAGAAACCAAAAAGGAAGAGAAGGACCAGACUAAGGAGAAGGAGAAGAAGGUGAAGAAGACCAUCCCUGCGUGGGCCACGCUCUCUGCCAGCCAGCUGGCUCGGGCACAGAAGCAGACUCAGAUGGCAGCCACCUCCCGGCCCAAAAUGGACGCGAUUUUAACCGAGGCCAUCAAGGCCUGCUUUCAGAAGAGCGGUGCCUCGGUCGUUGCAAUACGGAAAUACAUCAUCCACAAAUACCCUUCCCUGGAGCUGGAGAGGAGGGGAUACCUCCUGAAGCAAGCACUCAAAAGGGAGCUGGAGAGGGGAAUCAUUAGGCAGGUGAAAGGAAAGGGAGCUUCUGGGAGCUUUGUGGUGGUGUCUAAUGCAGGAAAAACUGUUCCAAAAGCCAGAGACAGAAAGAAAAACACUUCAGCCCCGAGUGCAGAGCAGCAGGUGAAGCUGGAGGAUGUCCUGCCACUGGCCUUCACUCGCCUGUGUGAGCCCAAGGAAGCUUCUUACAGCCUGAUCAAGAAAUAUGUGUCUCAGUACUACCCCAAACUCAAAGUAGAUAUAAGACCCCAGCUGCUGAAGAACGCCCUGCAGAGAGCUGUAGAGAAGGGCCAGUUAGAGCAGAUCACAGGGAAGGGAGCAUCUGGGACAUUCCAGCUGAAGAAAUCAGGGGAGAAGCCCCUGCUGGGUGGGACUCUGAUGGAAGAUGCCAUCCUGUCUGCUAUUGCGGCCAUGAAUGAACCGAAGACCUGCUCUACCACAGCGCUGAAGAAGUAUAUCCUGGAAAAUUACCCAGGGACCAACUCCAACUUGCAGGUGCAUCUACUGAAGAGAACCCUGCAGAAAUGUGAGAAGAAUGGCUGGAUGGAGCAAAUUUCUGGGAAGGGCUUCAGUGGAACCUUUCAACUUUGCUUCCCUUAUUAUCCCAGCCCAGAUGUGCUCUAUCCAGAGAAGCAGCAGGAUGAGGAUUCUGAGGAAUCUGAGGAGGAAGAAGAGGAGGAAUCUGAGGAGGAAGAAGAAUCUGAAGAGGAAGAGUCUGAGGAGGAAGAGCCACCACCAAAGAAGAGGAUGCAGAAGAGACCACCCCCCAAAUCCCGGAGCAGGGCCCCUCCGAUGAAGCGAAGAGAGUCCAAACCCAAGCCAAGGAAAACCCCCACCGCCCGCCGGGGCAAAGCAAAGCCCCCUCCCAAGGUUAAAACCCCUGCUAAGAAAGCCAAACCAGCAGCCCCAGCCAUCAAGAAAGCCUCCAGUGGCAGCUCUUCCAAGAAACCAGCAGCCAGUGGGAGGAAGGAAGUGAAACCCUCUGCCAAGGGCAAAUCCACCAUGAGGAAAUCUCUCCGGGCAAAAAAGUAAAAUGUUUCCAAUGUCAGGGAAUCCCAUGGUCAAAUCCACAAUCUUGUUUUAUAAGUCAACGUGCAUUUGUAUUUUAGUUCUGAUGCUUAAACACUUCUUUAAUUUUUUUUAAUUUUUUUUCUUGAAUGAUGGGGAAAAGCUGAAAACUAAAUCAAACCAACCCGAGCAUUCAUUAGAUCUCGAUGCUGUGCCUCGUGCCUGCCCCUCCCCUGGAACGAGUCAUCUUUACUUUCUGCAAUAAUUUUAGGACUUUUCUAGGACGUCUCUAAUCUGUACAUUUAUGGUAUUCCACGUGGGUUUCGGGGGGGAAGGGUUGGCUUUUAAAACAAUUCUUCAGAGAAGAUCUUUAUACCUUUAGACAGCAGGAACAGGAUGAUCAGGGGAAUGUGAUUCUUUACUGAGAAGGCGCCGUGGCAGAGGAGUCUUCCCUAGAUCCCUGCAUGCCGAGGUCCUUGGCGCUCCCCUGAGGGAGCUGUGUACAGACAGCACUUGCACUGAGCCCCGAGGUGCUGCUCUCCUCAGCCACAGGCCCAGGGCUGGCUGCUGAGUCACAUCCUUGGUGUCUCCUGAGGGUCUGGUGCCAGAGGGGCUCCAAAAGGGGCAGCUCUCGGUUAGGCGGGUGAUUUGAAUUAGUGUUUCCACACCACAUCUGUUACCUUAAAACCAAAAUAUAUCAAAGUCUUCUUGAAUCCAACUUUCAAAUGUUUUUAAGAGAUGAAAAGCCUGAGUUUGUCACCUCUUGUUUACCCUUUUUUAAAGAGAAGUUGGAGAGCUAUACAAUUGCUAAUGUAGAGAUGUUGAUACGUGAAGAACAUGCGGUUUGCUAAAAUAAAAUGAAACUAGAUUCCA